AGAGAGAAUUUCUGUAACACUGAUCUAAUGCAGAUUACAGAUGAAAAGGACACACAACGAGGAGGCGCUUUAAGACGUAUUGAGGAUUACAGGAUUGGCCUUCAGUCCUUAAAGGCAGACAUGUUUUCAGGUAUUCUGGAAAAUCUCACAGAUCCUGAGAAGAAAGAUAAAAACAUGGAAGCCAUUGUCAAAGCCUACAAAUAUUUACUCCAGAACCGCACAGACAAAUUCAUUAUGAGAGACAAGCAAAAUUUUAUUUUGGCAAAUAUUGUGCUUCAUUGUAUCUCUCCAAAAUCGACACUGGUUGCACCCUUUGAAACACUGAAAAGGUAUCUCAGAGAGCUUUUGCAGCUUUCUAGCCUGGAUUACAAGUAUCCAGAACCUUACUUCUUGGCUUCACUACUGUUCUGGCCCAACAACAUUCACCAGUUGGAUUCUGACUCUAAACACAUUGCCGAGUAUGUCAUCUCCAUGAGAAAAACUUUCAGAGGUCGGUAUCGGCACAUGUGCCAUGCCAAACAGCCCAUAGCUCAUUUCUAUCUCGGAAAACACGCUGGCUUAGAAAGACUAAUUCACAAAGGCAAACUUGAUCAGCAUUUUCCUGUUCCAACAUCCGAUCUAAAUUCUCUGUGGCAGAGUGGAGACAUCUGGAAGGAAAAAACAACAAAAGAAUUGUUACUUCUUGUAAAUGGAAGAGCAGAAGAUAACAUGAUCUAUGUGGAGUGUAAAGGUGGGAUAAAGAUUCCAGUGAGACCAGUUUAUCUUGGACAGCUGAGAAGCGGGAAAAGCAUUGAGCGGGUGUCCUUUUACCUUGGAUUCUCUAUGGAUGGCUUAAUUGCUUAUAACAUAGAAACCUUAUAA